AUGUCCAAUUCAGAUGUUGAGCAGGAGCAGGACAAGGAGCAGGAAAAGGAGCAGGAGCUGGAACAGGAGCAGGACAAGGAAGAGGACAAGGAACAGGAAUGGGAAAAGGAGCAGGAACAGGCACAGGACAAGGAGCAGGAACAGGCACAGGAGCAGAAAAAGGAGCAGGAACAGGAGCAGGACAAGGAGCAGGAGCAGGAAAAGGAGCAGGAAAAGGAGCAGGACAAGGAAAUGGAGCAGGACCAAGAGCAGGAACAGGAAAAGGAGCAGAAAAAGGUGCAGGAGCAGGAACAGGAAAAGGAGCAGGAACAGGAAGAGGAGCAGGACAAAGAGCAGGAACAGGAGGAGUAG